AUGAAAACUCUGUUUUUGAUUCUAUUUCUACCGAUUCUUGCGUAUUUUCAAUCUGAUGAGGUCUUGGAUUGUGGCUAUUUGAAGGACAUCUUUGUCUACAAUGAUUUUGCGAAUGUCAAUCGGAACUAUGUCGGUGGAUGUUGUACUUCUACAUGUCUCGAUCGUCUAGAAGAACAUUAUCCUGGUUGGAGAACUCCAACUGAGAUUAACCCUGCAUCAUGGUAUGUCAGUAUGUUGUAUAGCUUAAAAUGCUGCAAGGAUACUCCAUCGAUAGCAGUGAUUACUGAAACCUCUUCGAAAACUUCGACUGUUACUCUUUCUACUACGACUGCUACUACCAUUACUAUUCCAACAACCAUAUCCACAACGACCAUUAAUACAACUGUUGGUGGUGUACUGGAUUGUGGUUGGCUUGGAGAGUCAUUCAGUUACAACAAUAUGCCCUACGAUGGAAGAUGUUGUACUCAAACGUCAUUGGAUAAUAUGAAAGAAAUCGGUGGUCCGAAUUGGAAGAACAUAACUUAUCUACAGCGAAGACUAUCAGCAGUAAACUGGCUAAUGCGACUAAGACUUUGUAUCGCAAGUAUGAUUUUACUGUGGAUUCUAGUCUGCCUGUCUCCUAUCAAUAGUCAAUUUACUCCAUCCAUCGACUGUGGAUGGUUGAGAGAUUCGUUUCAAUUCAUAAACUCCGAUGAAGUUAAUCAAAGCUAUAAUGGAAAAUGCUGCACGUCGGAAGCUUUAGACCUUGUUGCAGGGAGUAAUUACACUCUAUCGGGCAUAUCCGGCAAGGAUCGUGGAAAAUAUAUCAACUAUCUCAUAAGAAACGAGAAAUGUGCAGACUUCACAACGACUACUAUUCCUCCAACUACCACUACAACUGAGAAUCUCAACUGUUCCUGGCUUGACAAACCAUUCAUCUAUACAUUUUUUCUUACUACUAUGUAUUAUGAUGGGAAAUGUUGUAACCAAAAUGCUAUCGAAGAAUUAGAUUCAAAUCGGCGUGAAGACGAAUGGCGUUUGACUACUGAUCUAUCAGACAAAUAUUUAUAUGUGAAGUUUCUUCGGGGUAAAAGUCUUUGUUCAGAAACAACAACUGCACCCUCUACAACUCCAACAACCGUUGUUCCUCUCGCAACUAGCGAAUUCACUUCUACUGGUGCCCUCGAAUGUGGCAUUCUUGCUGAUACCCCCUGUUGUAAAAAGAAAAUAAUUGAUUGCCUUACUGAACAAUUUGAUGGAUGGCUAGACAAUACUGAUGAUCGUGAAAAAUACUUAAUAAUGUGUGGGUGUGUGCUUACGACAACCAGCACGACUAUCAAAACAGUGUCUUCCAAUUCGUCUUCUUCAUCAACAUCCGCUCAAACCAUCACUUCCUCGAAGUGGACAACCUCUUCCGGCCAAACCACUGAUUCUACCACCACCUCAUCCGAUGGAGAGACUUCUGAAACGCCUUCGACUGCAAGCUCAACAUCCACUUCCACCACAACGGUUGCAACAAAGGCUACUGAAAAUGGAGUCAACAACGAGGAGAGCACUACAAUGACGACGACUGCAACUGGAACCACAUCUGAAUCCAGGACCACCACUGACGUCGAGUCGUCUUCAGAGACUACCGGCACCAAGUUGAGCUCAGAAGGAACUAAAGGAACUGGAAGCACUGGAACUGAAACGACAGCAUUGACACCGACUGUAGAAACGACGACUUCCGCAACAUCCACCACAAUCAGCAGCACUACUACUUCCUCAACACCGACCUCUGCAAUUGAGACGACCGGAACUUUAAGCCCGGUGACGACAUCUGAAGGAUCCUCGAUCUCAUCCACAUCGACCAAGUCAUCUACACCGACUACAUCGCACACUUCUUUCUCGUCCAGCUCUACCGACAUCACUGAGACCACCAGGACAACACAGGCAUCAUCGACCACACCAGUGACCGGAAGCACGACAACUUCAACUCCGCCAACCACAGAGUCUACGUCAUCGGCUUCAACGAUUUCCGGACAAACUACACAAUCGACAACAACCACAGAGGUUACUGGAACCACCACCUCCCACACAACUUCUGCUGGAACAUCUGGAGCGUCGAUGACUUCUGGAACAACUGGAACAACUAGAACCACAACGGGAAAUCAGACGUCUACUUCGACGAGCGCAACAGGAUCAACUCCAGGCACCACAACCAACACCGAUGGAGUCUACUUCCGGAACACUACGAGUGAGAUCUUCCCGAAUUGUACUCGAGUAACAGUGGAGUUGAUCUACUACAUCAAUGGCACGGGAUUGAGAAAUGUCACAUAUGAUCACAGUAUCAGUGGAUGUAGUUCGACCACUCCAAUGACGACUCCUGAGCAAACCACCACGUACAACUGGCCCACCGGAGGAACCACAAGGAUUCUGCCUACAGGAGAGAUAAUCCUCUCGGAGUCCCUGAUCGCCUAUCCGAAUUGCACAACUGUCCUGAAGCAGUUGAUUUUCAACCCAUCAACCAAUGAGACCAGAACCGAGACGACGACAGAUGAAUACGGAUGCAGGACCUCAACCACUCCAUUGAUGACCUCCACAACUCCAAUGACCACUCCAGUGACUACUCCGACUAAAUCAACCACUGCCAAGACAACCACCUACAACUGGCCAACCGGUGGUACGACAAAGAUUCUGCCUUCUGGAGAAAUCAUCCUCUCUGAGUCCCUGAUUUCCUAUCCAAACUGUACGACGGUUCUCAUGCAGUUGAUUUUCAACGCGUCAACUAAUGCGACCAGAACCGAAACGACGACCGAUGAAUACGGAUGUAGAUCCUCUUCUUCCACCGUGUCUUCCUCAAAGUUCUCCACGACACCAAUGACGACGACAAAGUCGGGAACAACCAAAACGACAGCGACUGCAACGUCAAAAACCGGAACUACUGCGUCAGCAUCUCUGAAGACCACCACCUACAACUGGCCCACUGGUGGCACGACGAGGACUCUGCCGUCUGGAGAGAUAAUUCUCUCCGAGAACCUAAUCGCGUACACAAAUUGUACCACUAUCUUGAUGCAGUUGAUAUUCAACCCAAGCACGAACCAGACCAGGACAGAGACGACGUCAGAUGCUGAAGGCUGUAAGUCCACGUCUUCCUCUGCCAACAUCACCACACCGAUGUCUGGAGGAUCCACGACAACAUCUCCAUCUGACGCCACGACCACUUUCCAGUGGCCCACCGGAGGAACGACGCGGAUGCUACCCUCUGGAGAAAUGAUCAUCUCGGAGUCAUUGAUUGCCUACAAAAACUGUACCACCAUCUUGAUGCAGCUGAUAUUCAACCCUAGCACGAAAACGACCAGGACAGAGACGACGGCUGAUGCGAACGGAUGUAAAUCCACAUCGACAGGAACAGUAUCCGGAUCUCCAGGAGUCACUUCCCCGAUGACAACUCCCACAACAACGGAAACACCGUACACGUUCCCGGACAGCAAGACAACUCAAAUCUUGCCAAAUGGAGAAAUCAUUUUGUCGGAGUCCCUCAUUGCCUAUCCAAAUUGCACAACUGUCCUAAAGCAGUUGAUUUUCAAUCCUGCCACCAACACGACACGGACUAAAUCGUCGUCAGAUGCACAGGGCUGUAAAGCCACUUCAACAACCAAGCCAUCAGCCACCACCCGUAUUGCCAUCGCAUCUUCCACUCCGAUUCCUCCAACGACUACAACCAAAUCGUCCUCCACCAUCCCUGUCGCCUCUAGCACUUCCUCUCCAGUCACCACUACUACACCUCCACCAACGACAACAACUUCUCCUCGCAGAACCACCACUUCCGUCCCAGUCACUUGUCCGUUUCCAUCCAAUCUCAACCUGAUCAACACCAACCGUCCGACACCUGAAGAAAUAAAGGAAAGCUACGCCUUCGGAGAGCGGAUUAUCCAUAUAUGUAAGAAAUAUUACAUUCAAGAAUUGUCCAAACAACCCCUUCGGAUUUACCAAUGUGGAGAAGACGGGAAAUGGAUUGGAACAUUGCAGAAGUGUGUUUUGGAACCAGGACGGACGGAGUUGUAA